AUUUAUUCGUCGUCUAUCCUUUGAAUUGAAAAGCUGUGUGUUGAAAGUGUUGUGGGUUUUUAAAUUAAUUCCCCAAGAAAAUAAAAAAUCUUAUUCUUUGCUGUAAAGUAAUAAAUAAAUUUUUUAAACAAAAUGCUGCGCGCCAGUUUAUUAUUAUUAGUUUUGGUUACUAUUUGCCAACAAAUUAGUGCCGAAGUACAUUUUGAGGAAAAUUUUACUGAUGAUUCAUGGAAAGACUCGUGGAUCUACAGUAAACAUCCGGGCAAGGAAUUCGGAAAGUUCGUCAGAAGUUCUGGAAAAUUCUACAACGACGAAGAAGCCGAUAAAGGUCUACAAACAUCUCAAGAUGCUCGAUUCUAUGCUUUGUCAAAGAAAUUUGAUCCCUUCACAAACGAAGGCAAACCAUUGGUCAUUCAAUUCUCUGUGAAACACGAACAAAACAUCGAUUGCGGUGGUGGUUAUGUCAAAUUGUUUGACUGUUCUUUGGAACAAACCGAAAUGCACGGUGAAUCUCCUUACGAAAUUAUGUUCGGACCUGAUAUUUGCGGACCAGGAACCAAGAAGGUUCAUGUCAUCUUCAGCUACAAGGGCAAGAAUCAUUUGAUCAACAAGGAUAUCCGUUGCAAGGAUGAUGUCUACACUCAUUUCUACACGUUGAUCGUGAACCCAGACAACACCUAUGAAGUUCGUAUUGAUGAUGUCAAAGUUGAAUCUGGUAAUUUGGAAGACGAUUGGGACUUUUUGCCACCAAAGAAGAUCAAGGAUCCAAAUGCAAAGAAACCAGAAGAUUGGGAUGAUAAGCCUACCAUUCCUGAUCCAUCUGAUGAGAAACCAGAAGAUUGGGACAAACCAGAACACAUUCCAGAUCCAGAUGCCACCAAGCCAGAAGAUUGGGACGAUGAAAUGGACGGCGAAUGGGAACCACCAAUGGUCGACAAUCCAGAAUACAAAGGUGAAUGGCAACCCAAGCAAUUGGACAACCCAGCCUACAAGGGCGCAUGGCAACAUCCAGAAAUCGACAACCCAGAAUACCAAGCCGAUGAAAACUUAUACAAGCGCAAAGAAAUCUGCACCAUUGGUUACGAUUUGUGGCAAGUCAAGUCUGGCACCAUUUUCGAUAAUGUUCUCAUCACCGACGAUCUUGAUUACGCAUCUAAAAUUGCUGCUAAAGUUACUGAAACACAAGCUGGCGAAAAGAAAAUGAAGGAAGCCCAAGAUGAGGAACAACGCAAGAAGGAUGAAGAAGAAUCAAAGAAGAAUGCCGCCGAAACCAAGGACGACGAUGAAGAUGAAGACGAUGACGACAAAGAAGAAGGUGUACCAGAAGUGGAAGAAGACUCAAACGAACACGAUGAGUUGUAAGCUCCGCUGACGCCAGAUAAUUCCACCUAAAAAAUUGCGUGCCGUCGCCGUGUGUGUUCGUUCGUUCGUUUGGUGUGCACGUUUCACUUGUUUUGUUUAGUUUUCUUCAGUUUAACACGUUUUCAUUUAUUUUUUAAAAACAACAAAAAAACAAA